CACCCUGACAUCAAGAAGAUGGAGGAAGAGGAUGGAGCAGGAUCUGCAGCAUCCAGCCGUGUGUCUGUGAGGAGUGACCGGUCCAAAGGAAACCCUCCAGACUUCAGUAAUGAACCUGCAGCAACAAUAGCUUCUGCACAGUGUGGAGAAAGAUCCAGAAGCAGAGCUGGACUGCAGACAGCCAGUCAGAGCAGCUGUGUACAAAAUGUUGGUCUGCAGGAGGUUUUAGAUGAACAUAAGAUCAGUCUGAGGAGGAGAUGUGAACGUGUGACUGAAGGAAGUGAUGAAACAGGAAGUAGAAGCCUCCUCAACAGGAUCUACACUGAGCUCUACAUCACAGAGGGACAGAGUGAAGAGGUUCAUACCCAACAUAACGUGAAGCAGCUGGAGACAGCUUCCAAGAUGGACGCCCUCCAUGACGCUCCAAUCAGGUGCCAGGACAUCUUUAAAGCCUUCCCUGACCAACAGAGACCCAUCAGAGUGGUUCUGACCAACGGCGUGGCUGGUGUUGGAAAAACCUUCUCAGUGCAGAAGUUCACUCUGGACUGGGCAGAGGGCUUGGAGAACCAACAUGUCAGUGUGGUGGUUCUGCUUUCAUUCAGGGAGCUGAACCUGAUCAGAGAUGAGCAGUACAGUCUUCUGGAGCUGCUCCAUGUUUUCCAUCCAACAUUACAGAAGGUCACAGCAGAGAAGCUGGCUGUCUCUCAGCUUUUGUUCAUCUUUGACGGCCUGGAUGAAAGCAGACUUUCAUUGGAUUUCACCAACAGGAAGCUGCUGUCUGAUGUCACACAGAAGUCAUCAGUCAGCCAGCUGCUGACAAACCUCAUCCAGGGGAAUCUGCUUCCCUCGGCUCUCGUCUGGAUAACUUCCCGACCUGCAGCAGCCAAUCAGAUCACUCCUACAUGUGUUGACAGGCUAACAGAAGUACGAGGCUUCACUGACGCCCAGAAGGAGGAGUACUUCAGGAGGAGAUUCAGUGAUGAAGAGCUGUCCAGCAGAAUCAUCUCCCACAUGAAGACAUCCAGGAGCCUCCACAUCAUGUGUAGUAUCCCAGUCUUCUGCUGGAUCACUGCUACAGUUCUGGAGCACAUGUUGACUACAGAGCAGAGAGGAGAGCUGCCCAAGACCCUGACUGACAUGUACUCACACUUCCUGCUGGUUCAGACAAAGAGGAAGAAGAACAAGUACCAUGAGGGACAUGAGACGAGUCCACAGGAGCUGACGGAGGCUGACAGGGAAGUUCUUCUGAAGCUGGGGAGGCUGGCGUUUGAACAUCUGGAGAAAGGAAACAUCAUGUUCUACCAAGAAGACCUGGAGCAGUGUGGUCUGGAUGUGACAGAGGCCUCGGUGUACUCAGGAGUUUGUACUCUCUUCAAAAGAGAGUGUGUGAUCUUCCAGAAACCAGUCUACUGCUUUGUUCAUCUGAGCAUUCAGGAGUUUCUGGCUGCAGUCUACAUGUUCCACUGUCACACCAACAGGAAGACAAAGGUGGUAGAAGGUUUUAUAGGGAAUUUCCGAGAAGAAUACAAAAUCAGAUCUUUUUUUAAGAGCAUGUUCAAGUCUUAUAGCUUCCCAUCACUGGAUGUCUUUUUGAUUAAAGUCAUGGAGAAAUCCCUCCAGAGUAAAAAUGGCCACCUGGACCUGUUUGUUCACUUCCUUCAUGGCCUCUGUCUGAAGUCCAACCAGAGACUCUUAGUAGGUCUGCUGGGUCAGACAGAGAUCAGUCCAGGAACCAUCCAGAGAGUCAUCAACAACCUGAAGGAGAUGAACAGUUAUCAAAUCUCUCCUGACAGAAGCAUCAACAUCUUCCACUGUCUGAUGGAGAUGAACCACCUCUCAUUAUUUCAGGAGAUCCAAGAGUUGCUGAAGUCAGAGAACAGAUCAGUGAAGGAACUCUCUGAGAUCCAGUGCUCAGCUCUGGCCUUCAUGCUGCAGAUGUCAGAGGAGGUUCUGGAUGAGUUGGACCUGCAGAAGUACAACACAUCAGAGCGGGGACGACAGAGACUGAUUCCAGCUGUGAGGAACUGCAGAAAGGCUGGACUGGCUGAGUGUCAACUCUCAGAGUCUCACUGUGAAGUUGUGGCCUCAGCUCUGAAGUCCAACCCCUCCCAUCUGACAGGGCUGGACAUGAGUUGGAACAACCUGCAUGAUUCAGCAGUGAAGCUUCUGUGUGCUGGACUGGAGAGUCCAAACUGUCGACUGGAGACUCUGAGAUUGAUGGACUGUGAUUUGUCAGAGAUCAGCUGUGAUUAUCUGGCAGCAGCACUGAAAUCCAACCCCUCCCAUCUGAGAGAGCUGGACCUGAGUUUCAACAAGCUGCAGGAUUCAGGAGUGAAGCAUCUGUGUGGUUUCCUGGAGAGUCCAGGAUGUGGACUUGAAACUCUGAGAUUGAGUCUCUGUGGUUUGUCAGAGAUCAGCUGUGUUUAUCUGGCAGCAGCACUGAAGUCCAACCCCUCCCAUCUGAGAGAGCUGGACCUGAGUUACAACAACUACCUGCAGGAUUCAGGAGUGAAGCAUCUGUGUGGUUUCCUGGAGAGUCCAGGAUGUGGACUUGAAACUCUGAGAUUGAGUCGCUGUGGUUUGUCAGAGAUCAGCUGUGAAUAUCUGACAGCAUCACUGAAGUCCAACCCCUCCCAUCUGAGGCAGCUGGACCUGAGCUACAACUACAACCUGCAGGAUUCAGGAGCGAAGCAUCUGUGUGGUUUCCUGGAGAGUCCAGGAUGUGGACUUGAAACUCUGAGAUUGAUGGACAGUGGUUUGUCAGAGAUCAGCUGUGAUUAUCUGGCAGCAGCACUGAAGUCCAACCCCUCCCAUCUGAGAGAGCUGGACCUGUGUGACAACAACCUGAAGGAUCCAGAUGUGAAGCAGCUGUCUGAUCUUCAGCAGAGUCCAGACUACAGACUGGAGACUCUGGAGUGGAUGCCAUUGUUUUAACUAGGACGGCGUGUGUGCUGAGAGAGGAGGAGCUGUGUCCUGAUGAUCCAGAGAGGUUGAAGCAGCAGCAGCUUGUGUGUAGAGACGCUCUGACUGGGCCAUGUUACUGGGAGGUGGAGAGGAGAGCUUCAUCCAGCAGUGACUGACAGAGGAAUGAAGUGCAGACGACUGUCAGUGCUGCAGAGUGAACUGCUCUGAGAACAGCUCCACUGUCAGACACAAUGUAGAGUCCAGCAUCAUCCCUGUGUGUCCCUCUGGAUCUGACAGAGGAUCAUCAGUGGAUCUGGACUGCUCUGCUUCUGCUCUGUCCUUCUACAGUCUCUGCACAGUCUCUGUCUGACUCUGGCUUCAGACCCUCCUGGAUCAAACUCACCUGGAAAGACUUUCAAACAUCACUCAAUAGAUUUGAAUACAUAAUAGAUUUGAUAUAUACUGUAGAUGUACUGUAGAGUUGCAGUUUGUCACUUGUAAAUACAGUCUGUGAGCAGCUAUGAGCUGAAAGAUCUUUCUAGAAACACGAAAUGUUUUCACUCUUCUUUUGCUUUUUCAUAUA